AUGCCCGUUCUGCCCUCUGUUGAUGGCAAGCUGACUGGCAUGGCCUUCCGCGUGCCUGUGCCGGAUGUGUCCGUUGUCGACCUCACCUGCCGCCUCGAGAAGCCCGCCAGCUACGACGACAUCAAGAAGGCCAUGAAGGCCGCCGCCGAAGGUCCCAUGAAGGGUGUUCUGGAGUACACGGAGGAGGACGUUGUGUCGUCCGACUUUGUUGGCUGCACCGCCUCCAGCAUCUUCGACGCCAAGGCCGGCAUUGCCCUCAACGACAACUUUGUCAAGAUCAUCUCCUGGUACGACAACGAGUUUGGCUACAGCCACCGCGUUGUGGACCUCCUUGCCUACAUUGGCAAGCAGCUCUAAAUCAGGAGCCCCCUCCAUCCCACACGCCAUAUGGCCUGCGCUGCCCUCGCUCUGUUUCUGUGUUGACCAUGCCAAUCCAACAUCUCAACCCGCGCUUGUUGUGCUUUUCUUUUCUGCACACCCGCAAAGUAAAAAUUGCCUUUGAGCCA